UCCAUUCGUACCCAAGCCCGAGGCCCUCCACAACCCCUCCCUGAUCAGCCAUCCAUUCACCGCCAGGUCACACAGGGCAACAUGGGUUCAUGACUUCAUGCGAACAGGCACGCCACAGACACAUCACUCGCACCAGCACAGACUGGCUCGGAAACCGGCAAGCACCGGGUGGCCAUCUGCGAGCAUGGACAGGGCCCCACCGGCUGCAUGGCAUGGCCGGCGAGGCUGGCCAGCCUCGCAAGGCGAGGAUCCCCUCACUCCUCCGGGCUCAUUGAUGCCCAGCUCUCUACAACGGCAUCGUGGCUCACGGUGCGGAUCCGGGCGUGCCUCGGUGCUCCCGCUUCGGACCCUGAUGUGUCCACGUACGCAAGCCGGUGGUGUUGGACGCACCGCGAGCGCCGCGCGCCAUGGGGAUGCCUGCGGGGCUGGUGUAGCACGGCGGCCGCAGAUCUGAGGGCUUGCGCAUGCCGUGCCCCUGCCAUGGGCUGCGAGGCCAAAGUCAAGAAUUUCGGGAUACAGCCGACUCGGACGGACACAAUGGCACGGCAGCGCCGGAGUGAGGCAGCAGUAAGGUUUCGAGGCCUGAUGCUCCACGCUGUUUUGCGGUCCUACAUGAUGCCCCCGUCUGGGCAGCGACGGGGAGCUGACGUCGGGCGUGUGGUUCGGCUAAGGUUGCACAACGGGCGACGGGCCGCUGCAUGCAUGUAGAUCCAGGGCUGCGUGAGGUCCGGUGGGAAUUGAGAUGGCUUGUCGCUUUGGGCGUAGGGUACCGGAGUUGGAGUCUUGAGGCCGUCCAGUCAG